CAUGGGCAAAGCAGGAAGUGACAUUUGCAGUGACCUAGAAGUCAGUUAUUGUACAAAAGGACCAAAUUCCAGGUCAUCAGCUCGUUGCCAAAGUCACUUCACAUUUGCAGAAAACAGGAAAUGUGUUUAUGUCAACCCACCGACCUGGAAGAUGACCAUAUUUCUUUUAGUGUGGGAACUACCCAGUGUGCUCUCUGAGCAGUCAAAACCACUAUUGUACUGCGUUAUAUUGCGGGGUGUAACACUGGAAUUUUUGGAUGCCAAACGCAAGUUUGUACUGUACAUCCCAAAACCAGUGUGUACCCUUGAAAGACAAAGGUUGUAUUUCAGGAAAAGGUUUAUAUUUCCAUGAUGCAGAGAAACGUGUUACAGCUUGCCCAGAACAGCCCUUCCCCUGAGUGGAUCGAGCUAUUCCAUGGUGACAGUGUUGUGCUCACUUUGCCAUCUGAAGCUCACUCACAGACACAAAGUGUCUGGGCAAUCAGGCACAAUUGGAACACAAUGACAUUUUCAGAGAAGAUGGAGCUGGAGGAUAUUCUCAAAAGACUGCAGGAGGAUGGGGUUGACACCGAUGUCUGCACCGCGGAUGAAAAUCUGCAGCACCUGUGGCGAAUUUACCAUCGCUCGGAGGGCAUGCUGCAGGCCACUGUCAAGGACCUGGAGCGAGUGCAACAACAGCAGGCUACUGAGAUGAAGGAGGUAGAGAAUUAUGUGACUCACAUCCGGAACCUGUCGGAGGAGCGGGAGGCAGUGACAGGCGAAUUUGAACAAGAGAACGAGGUGCUCAAGGUGGAGCUGCAGCAACUGCAGCAGGAACAAGAUACUCAGCUGAAGGAAGUGGAGGAGAUGCUGGGUCAGGAGGGUCUGGCAGACAUCGCACACAGUGGUCCUAGUGAACAGAUUGCCUACCUGUUAGUGGAGCGAGCUACACUGCUGGAGAAGCUGGAAAUAGCAGAGAGGAAAGUGGAUUCGCAGAGUCUCGCAGGCAGCCUACGGGAGACUCAUUUACAGGAAGAGCUGGAGCAGAUGCAACAAACACUGGAGGAGGAGUUAAGGCAACAGCGGGAAUCCAUGCAGCGUACCAAGGAGGCUAUGGCUCAGGAACCUUUAUCUCAGCCUCCAAGCCCGUGGAAGAAGCUAUUCGGGGUCCAUCAGCAAGCGCUCAGGGUCUCCACAGACGCAGCAACUCAUAAGGAGGACGUGGAGAGAGAGCUGCGGCUUCGCGAGCUAGCGGAGCGAGACCUGGAGGAAGCGGCACAGCGACUGCAGAUGGCACACGAGGAGAUCCGCCACCUGACGGACAAACUGGAUAUGGAGAAGAAAAUGCUGGAGCAGAACGACCCUGCUCUGCAGGCAGCUCGUCGGGAGAUUGAAGUGCUCAAGGAAGAAGUCGCUGAACUGAGGGAACGUGAUGUCAAUGACAUUGACAAAGCCAAAGAACAGAAUAACAAAUUGGAUAAAGAAAUCCUAGCGUUACGCGAUCGUGUGAGAUUGUUGGACGCGGAGCGGAAAUCUCUAUUAAAAGUGGUUGAAAAUCUUCAAAAAUCUCUGGGGGUAGCAAAGCCUGCGGAAAUGGAACAAUCACCAUUUUAUCAGAAGUCAUCAGACCUUAGAAUGCAUCAUAGCACAAACCAGGAGUUGUGGGAUGACAGUCGCAAAGAGGAAGUCCACGCAUCACCACAGAUGACUCCCGUACCAGCGACACGCAAGAAGAAAAAGCCACUUUCAGGUGCCUGUAUAGGUCCUAAGGAUUACACUGCUUGCACUUCUUCACCGGAAACAGAUGGGAAUGGGACUGAUCCGCCCCCCGAAUGCCCACGUUCCAAGGCUGAAGAACUCCAUAAAAGGUGCCAUCAGGAGGUCAGUCGCCUGGAUACCAAGAACCAUGAGCUGAUGCAGAGAUUCCACAAAGUGCAGGAGGAGCUCGAAGAGGUAACAGAAAGGAACGAAGCACUGGAGGGAGCCCUCGAGGACAUCCGGAACCAAAUGAAAGAAGAGAAAGCUGCCUUUGAGAACGAGAAAGAAUCAUUGAAAAAGAAGAUCGCAACUAUGGAGUCCGAUCAUAUGAAACUCAAACGCAAAUACAAGGAUCUAAAGGCCAAAAGCCACAAUGUGAUUGGUGCACUUGGGAAGGAGCAGGAUGUGAGGGAGCAAAUGAAGUCAAAUGAAGCUACUUGUGCAGAACUACAACAGAAAUACGAGGAGGAAAAGAAAAGAAGGGAUUAUCUGGAAGCGACUCUGGUCACCACACAGCAGGGGAAAACCCGGAACGAGGAGGAAUUGGAGGCUUACCGGACACAGGUGCACUAUCUGAACACAGAGCUGAAGGAAGCCCGGAACAUAACUCAACACACUAAUGCCAUGAACACCACUGUGGAAAAACUGCAACACGAUAAGUGCAUUCUGGAGAAAAAGGUGUGCAAACUGGAGGAGGAGUUGAGGAAGGCUCGGAAGGAAUUGAAAAGCUGUAAUUGGAAAGAGAAAGCGGAGGGCUAUUCACACCAGCUAGCAGACCAGCAGAACUCCCUGUAUAAAAUGGAGGAGGUGCGGACCACUGCAGAGCAAGAAAUUAACAAACUACGUUUCCAGAUGAGCGAAGCUUGUAGCAAGGUGGAAGGUUCACAGAACAAGCUGACCUGUGUAGUGAAGGAGAACCAGCAACUGCUCCAGGAGAACGGUGCCUUACGGCAACAAAUCUGCAGCCUGCAGCAGGAGUGCAAGCUGCUGACUCAGGAGAACACUGACCUGCGGCAGAAGUUCUGUAAUUACCAGGUGGAGACCAGCCACCUCCACCAGGACAACGCUUCCUUUCGGCAGCAGCUUGUGUGCUCUCAGCAGGAAAACCAGCGACUGAACCAGGAAUUGUGCAACAUCCAAAAGCAGCUGGGUGGCCAAAUGCUGUGCAAAGAGGAUAAUAAUAACCAGAUGGAGUUACAAUCUUUGAGGAAGAAGGUGGCUCGACUGCAGUGUGCCUUGGAAUUUGAGCAGCAGAAGGCUUGUCAGGAAAGAUUGGCCCUGGAGAUGCAACUGGAGGAAGCCAACAACAGAACCAAGUCACAGGAAUGCCUGCUGACACAGGACACAGGGGAAGCCAGGCAACUCCGCCAGGACCUGCAGCGGAUCCACAACCUAUGCAGCGCCGCAGAGAAAGAACUCAAGUACAAACGGGAGCAACUGGUGGACGUACAGAAACACAAUGCUCUCCUGAGCCAGGAAGCUACCAGGGUGGGCGUGGACCUGAAGGCCAUUCAGGAUAAAAUCUGUGCACAGGAACGGGAGAACAAGGCUCUGAGAUGUGAGAUCGAGGAGAAGCAGGAGAAGAUAAAGGGGCUGGAGCUGGAAGCAGCCAAAUCCUGUCAGCUCAGCAAGCAGCUCAAGUGCCUCCAUGAUGAGCUAGCAUCUGAGAAAUGCCGAGUGCAGGCGGCGGAGAAAAAGUUUGCAGAGAUGCAGCAACACCUGAACUCCUGCCAACACCAGGUGCGUCUGGCUGAAACCCGAAUCAAGGAGAAGGAGAUAAUGGAAGCAGAGCUGAACGACAAAAGGGACUUGGUGUGCAUGCUCCGAAAUGAACUGCAGGAGGAGCUGCUCCAGAGGAAACUGGCUGAGCAGUGUGCAGAUGAUCUCCAUCAUCAGCUGAAGACGAUGCAGGACAAGGAGACUUGCCAGGCGAGGAUGGUUGCAGAUUUACAACACUGCUUACACGAGCAACAGGCCCGGGUCCGAGCCCUGGAAGAGGAGAAAACGAGCAUCUCUAAUGAAAAUGAGUGUCAGCAGAGGGUCAGGAAGCAACAAACCGAGGAGUUACUGGCAACACAGCAGGAGUUAGAGAAGCACAAAGAGGAGCUGAGGAGCGUUCUUCAGCAAUUGGACUCUCACGUCAGGCUCCACAACGACAAACAGAUAAAACAUAAAAUGAAGCUACGGAAAGCAAAGGAGAUCUUUAUCCGUGAAGUGAUGGCGAGGGACGGUAAAGUCAAACAGCUAGAAAAUGAAGUCAAACUGAUGAGAAACCUACUGGACAAGGAACAUACGUGGAAUAUGAAGAUCACGUGUGAAAACGACCUGCUCCUUGCGGAGAAGCGCGACCUUCUGCAGAAGCUGAAUGAGCAGGAGGAGCUCGUACGCAACAAUAGUUCAAUCGCUUGUGGUGUAAAACAGAGGAUUAACUAUCUGGAAGAUGAAAACAAACAGCUUCAAGAUGAGACGGUGACGCUAAGUAGUCGGCUUGGGUCAUUGGAGCGAACAUUGAAAAACAUCCAGUCUAUCCGUGCUCUAGAGGAUCUUAAAAGGACUCUAUCCAAUGAAAAUCUGCUAUCAAAAUGCCUCCCCUCCUCUCUAGCCAGUGAUUUCCCAGGCGGCAGUGGGACCGACAGUGUUCUGGAUUGCAUUCGCCGGGUGAAAUUGAACGAGCCGGCUGACUGUAUGAAGUUCUCCUACCUGGGAUCCUCCCGGGUGCCGUAUUCCGACAUUGGCUACUUAAACGUCAGUGGCAGCUCGGCAGGUGUGAGGUUCAGGGAACAGGAAGACAGGCACAGUUUGUGCAGUGACGAGGUGUGACCUAACCGAGCCAGUGUUAAAGCGGAUCCUAACAGUGCAGCCUGGGUCCUGAGCCCAUGUUUGGAGUCGAGAGAUGUUGUCAGAGAGUGUUGCCAGAGACAUGUUGAUUCUCACCAGCCUGUUGUCUUUGUCACGUUACCUAACAGGAAUAUUAACACACCUUUUUCUUACUAAGUGGUGAUGGAAUUGGUCCAAAUGGCCUCACUGAUGCUGGUUCAGGUUUUGCACUUACAGGGCAUAUGAACGUGGAUCUGUGUGGCUACCACAAGGGUCAUCAAAGGUUACUGAUUCAGUGUAUUUUUAUUUGUAUACAAAAAGGAUUGCUCUGACAUGCCAGCCCCAGUGUGAUCUCUUCUCCAAUGUAAGGUGAGCUUAACGGUACCGGCAUAGGAACGUGAAAGCCCCAGAGCCAGCUCAGCCCACAAGGAGCACUGGCCAGCGACAUUCGAACAAUUCAAGUGUCCGUGUGGUCAAGUGACUCCAUGACUCGGCUGCAUUGCCAUCGGGUUUAAAUAGCAGUGGGCUUACAUGUCAUGUUGGGGAGGACCACAUACAGGAAUGGUAUUUGGGCAGGUCAGGCCCAAGGCAAAGGACUAGUGUUGGCAGCCAUCCUAUCCUCAGAAUUCCUCUUACAUGAGCUCUCUUUCUCCCUCUCACCCCCACUCCAAUUACUUCUUUCUUUGUCUUGUAUUGUCUGUAUCCAGCUUUAUUUUUUUUGCUUAGAACUGCAUAGGUGGUGUGUGUGGCAGGCAGACCAUUGGGUCUGUAUGUGUACCUCAUGCUUUUCUGGGCAAUACGUCUGAUAUAUGCCCUCGUGUGCAGUCCGUGCUCUGAUGGCAUAGAGUUAAUGGACAGACACAUGUACCCACAGAGUGGGCAUAUCAAAGGCUUCCUUGAGUAGCAAAAGGCAGACCUCCACAAGGGAACUGAGGUACCAGCCUGGAGCUGUGGGAGUAGCAUUUCCUGCCUCCACCAAGAUCAAGGGGCUGGGGGAUGGGGGGGAAGACCAGGAAAGGAGAAAAAUGCCAUUAAAAUAAAUGGAGCGAAGAAAAAUACUAUGAUUGGUGCUCAUUUAAUUUAAGAAUGGGAAAAUAAGACAGGUAUCAAAGUAACUUUUAUCACAACACUGCUUAAUUAGGUCUUAGUUUAAUACCAGCUGCACAGAAAGGUCCUUGACAUGGGCUCUUCUUUGUAACAGAGAGAUCACAUUUAUCAAUCAGUGAGUGGAGAGCCAGAAACAUGUAUAAAUGAUCAUUUAAUCAGAAUAUAGGAAUAGGAGGCCAUCAGAUUACCAAAUCUGCUCUAACAUUUCAUCAGAUCAUGCCAGAUCAUUUCAUUAUUUCCUCACUCUCUCUCCAUAUCCCUCUACUCUUCCCAAAUAUCUGUCCAUCUCCUUUCAAAUAUCCCCAUCAAUUCUGUAUCUGUAGUCUUCUGGUACUGUAAGUUCCAAUUCUAACCCUCUCUGUGGAGAAAUGUUUCUCAUCAUUAACUCUGUGUUAACUCUUGCUUUGGAUUCACAAAGUCAAACCAAGUGUGAGAGAAGUGGAGACUAAGAAUAUUGUAGAAUUGUUGAAUAUUUCCUUCACUCUCACAGUGGACAGGAGGAUGAGAUACCAGAGAUUCAGAAUUUAGGGAGUGGGAGAACACAACAAUAACAUUUACAUUUAUAUGGCACCUUUCAAUGGAGAGGACAUCCCAAGGCUGUAGUAAUGAUAAAUUAGAAAGUCUGAAGCUAACAAAUCUACAGGCCCAUUCAUUUUCACCCCAGGAACUAAAGGAAUGAGAGGAAAUUGCAUAGGAUUAAUUAUUAUUUAGCAAAAUUCAAUAGAUUCAGGAUUCCUACAAGAGGAGAGGACAGCGAAGGUUGCUCCAUUAUACAGGAAUGCAGAAUGGGACAAGCAAGCAGCCAUACUGUGAGCAUAACAAUCAGUGGGGGGCAAAUGAUGAAUCUAUCAUCAGGGAGAGAAUAACUGAGUAUCUAGAUAAUUUAUAUCUAGAUAAAUCACACAGAUCAGAGAGUUGCAUGGAUUUGUGAAGGUAGAUCAUCGAGUCUUACCAAACCACAGAAGUGAUGGGUAAUGUGGAGUGGAUGUCUUUUAUACAACACAAUACUAUAUAUUUAUGCAAAGCCUUUCACAUCGGGAAGACAUGUCAAGGCCCUUGAAAGUCCUGGCUUUGCAAAUGAGCUGAGGGGAGUGGGGAGCAGAAAGAUGCACAAUCAAAGAGGAAAGUGUUGAGACAGACCUUGAAAGAGGUGAGGGAGAGGGGCAAGUCAGAGCGACUCCAGGAUAGUUGUAAAGUGAGGUAGCACACAAGGAAUAGAAGAAUAUUGGUUGGGAAUGUGUUUUAAAUGGGGAAGCACUGGAAGCGCAGAGAAAUCCAGGAGGUCAUUGAUCAUUACAGUCUAGUUUAGGUGAUGAAAUCAGUCAGGAAAGCACGUAAGAUGCUGGCGUUUACUAUAGUAGGUCUGGAAAAUAAAAAUCAUUAGGUGUUUCUAGGAAGAAUCAUGGAGCUGACUGAAGUAUUUAAAAAUAAUGAAACAAACUGAUGGGUUAGAUGGUGAACUCUUCUCUUGAGUGUGUACAGAAGGCAGAGCUGUGUUAAGUAACGGUGCUGUUCAAAUCUAAAGUCUACAACAACAACAACUUUGAUUUAUAUAGCGCCCUCCACGCCGGAC